AUGCGUCGAAGUUUUGGAAAGCGAGUCGAUUGUGAACCUGCAGACAGAGUGAAAACGUACAAGGCCAAAGUGAAGAGUACCAGCAGUUCGACCAAGGGAAAGCUGACACUGGUCCCUGCCCAUCUCAAGACACCUCGCGCAGAGCGAGACCUAUUGCGUCAGAAAUCAAGGGAGAGUUCAAGGACCAAACGAAUAGAACACCUCCUCAGCACUCGGGACAACGAAGAUGGUCAUACCAGGACUUUCGACGACGGGUCCUUCCACGAUUCGGGCCUGUUUGUCCCCUUUGAUUUACCAGAAUUGGUUUCCGGACCGACCAAUCGCCCGAACGAUUAUCUUCGGGAGUGGAAGCAUAAUAAAAAAGCAACAUACCUAGAGGAGGUUUUGGCCCGCGCCGCCACUGAACUCGAACGUGGCUGUUCUUCAUGUGGACUUGAAUGCGACACCGUCUGGCGAUGCAAAGAUUGCUUCACAAAGCCUGUGUUCUGUACGCGAUGUUGCCGGGAUGUUCAUGUGAAGAAUCCCUUCCACAGGGUUGAAGUCUGGAAGGAAACUCACUUUGUAUCCUCGUGGCUAUGGCGUUCGGGUCUUACUCUCGAGCUAUGUCAACAAAAUCAAUGCCGUAGAUCCGGUUCAACUGUCAAUGGUGGACCUUCUAACGACCAACAACCUUCCUUCACAAGUCCAUGGGCACCUUUCCCCGAUGAUGAUGAUGCUUCCUUUGGUGCGAGACCCAACUGGAGGGUCUGGGACGACUGUGAUCUGUUGGUGAUCGUCCACACCAAUGGCGUACAUCAUCUACCAACUCGAUUCUGUUCUUGUGACGAUGCUCCGCAGGAUGACAUCCAGCUUCUACGGCACGACCUAUAUCCUGCUUCCCACAAGGAUGUUCGGACUGUUUUCACGUUUGCCGUCCUUGAUGAAUACCUUCUGCAAAACUUGGAAUGCUACACGUCUGCCUAUCAUUUCUUCUCGAAGCUACGGAGGAUGACAAACGAAGCGUUCCCAAAGAAGGUGCCUGACCGAUAUCGCGAACUGCUACGCUGUUCAAGGGAGUGGCGUCGGCUGAAGGAUCUCAAGCGAUAUGGGUUUGGUCAUCGGGAAGGGGAACCACAAGAGGGCGAAAUGGCAUUAUUCUGUCCUGCGUGCCCUCAGGCAGGCAAGAACGUUCACAAGGACUGGAGAAACGAACCCGACCAGUGGAGAUAUUCAAUAACUCUUGUCGCGGACGGGAACUUCACUCUGGUUCACCGUAAGCAGAAGGGGAAUGACGACGUAUGGUUGAAGAGUGGAGAUGGGUACCUGGUUGAACGGAUCAAGUAUGAUCAACAUCUCAGGGUUUCCACCGAGAUGGCCCAGAAGUCCAGUUGUCACGAACACCGUGCUGUCGAAGAUAGGUCAAAAAUUCAUAAGGGAUGCGACGUAACGGGAGUUGGGGCACUCGCAUGCUCUCGUCACGGGUGUUUUGCUCCUAGUAGUGUUGUUGGGUUUCAGAAAGGAGAAAGACAGAUCAACAAGGACUAUGGGCUGAUGGGCGCAGUGCGCACCACCGGUGCAUCCGUUGCCCCUCGCCUUAAUCUUUUGUAUGAUAUUAACUGUCAGUACAGCAUCCACCUGCGGGAAAGGUUCGCAAACAGUUCGUCGCUCUCCUUGCCCGAAGACCUCCCAAUAGUGUUCGGGAUAGGAAAGUUCCAUGUUUUUGGCCACCAGGAACAAUGUUUCGCGAGAUACUCACCAGCCUUCAUUGACGGUAUCGGGGAUACCGCAGGAGAGAUACUGGAACCACUUUGGUCAAACCUCAAUGAGGCAUCGAGAUCAACACAGACCAUGUCCCUAGCUCACUACACGGAGGUCCUCGAUGAUCAUAUCGCUGACAGUAACUGGAAGAAGUUGAUCCACAUUGUGGGCAAAACUUCCGCGGGCUAUGAAAAGGCAUGGAACAAGUUUUACGAGGCGGAGGAAGCCUUCAAGCUUCUCGAUGCGAUAGCUUCAGAGGCUCAGCGUGUUCAGUGGCGACAUCAGCUAGACCAGGCAUUGAAAAAGAGACUGGAGGGGGAUGUUGCCGCCAUGGACAUCCUUACUGUCCGCAUAGACAAGCCGCCCACUCGCGCCAAAGUCCAACAUGAUCUGAUGGUGAAAGAACAAAGGCGAAACAAGCACAUUGGAGUGACUUCCUGGCUUUCCCUUGGAAUAAAGAUUCAAGAGUCACAAUUAACGUUGAAGGCAUUCAAGCGCACCCUACCUCGCCUUGAUCUUCGCACAGAACUCCAGAAUCUGGAGUUAGUACGGAGACGAGAGCAACUUCGAAACGAUAUCACUGAGUUCCUUGAGACAGGCGCGGGAUUGUUUCCACAGGUUGACUUCGACGAGUAUUCCUGGGUGACACCGCCGCAGACUAACCCGGAGAUUGAAGGGGAUGAUGAGGAUAGCGACUCAGGGAUGGAAUUGGACCCGGAAAACCCCUUCCUUGAAGAUGACAGGGACCCAGAAGAUGCUGAUGUCCCUUUACCCUCCUCCUUCUCUCAACUUCCGGUGUCAAUGGAGUCAGCAGCGCAAAAAGAAAUCCAACUCCGCAUUGCUCAAGCAAAUGACGCGCUCGAGACGGUCCGUACGGAAAUUGGGCACAAAUCAUUCCUUUACCGAUCCAAUAUCCGCCUCGCCGACGGGAAAAAACAGAAGACUCGCGGUUACGCAGCGGUCAAGUCCGUAAAUCAGAACAUGCGGCACCAUAUUCGUCUCUACAAUCAAGCUCGGUGGUCUCUCAGGAGAUUGGGGGCCAACACGGAAAUCCUGGAACGGUACCGAGAUCUCAAACCCGAGCAUACGAAAGCUAUUACAGCCAUAUAUCAACCCAAUGCCCCUGGCCAGUCACGAACUACUCUGUCAUGGAUUUGGACGAUAGAGGAGCUCGGAGGGAGUGAAACCACCCCUUAUCUCGAAGAAUUGUAUCGAGUUAACUGGCUGCGAGCACUGUGUCGGAUGGACAGGUGGAAGGAAGAAGUGACACUUUUGAAGGAAGAAAUGGGGUGGAUCUGUAACUUCUUCAAAUGGAAGGAAGAGAGCGCAAGAGGGUGGGCUGGACUCAAGCCUAAUUUCCCAGGGCACCGGGCAUAUGCUCACCAACAGGCGGACAUGUGGAAACGGCUAGGCGCGGAAGGAAGGGAGUCCUUCCGCAAAGCCCUUGAGUCGGCGGAUCAGACAAUAACUCGGCGCAAUGAUCCCGAAGGACCACUAUUUUGA